GUUGACAUAACAUCGUACGUACAAUGAAUAACCAACAAAAGCGGAACUGCAAAUUCUUGAUGAAAUUCUGUAAAAUCCUUUCCUUAAACAAACAGUUUGUGUUGUGUCCACAAAGGUGACGGUUCCAUUUAACUCCUGCAACUAAGUGAAAUGUUAACACUGAACUUUUAAAUAACUUCUCAACGUUCAACAUUCAACUAGUGGUUGAUUCUUCGUCCACAUGACUGCUUAUUCUUGGGGAGCCAAUUCCCACGGACAACUUGGCCUUGGCAUUGAAAGCGAAUUAUGCAGCACACCACAACCAUUGUCAAGGUUGUCGUUCAAUAUCAAUGCCGUACGGGCUAUUCGAGGGGGCGGUGGACAUGUCCUUGUCCUAGAUCAAUAUGGUCGACUACACGCUUGCGGAUGGAAUAAUCGUGGCCAACUGGGCAUCGACCUCUCUGACGACAACCAAAGCCAUUUCACUGCAAUACCGAGUCAGUUCUUCAAGGAUUGCACAAUUGAGUCUUUCGCCUGUGGUUGGGAUCUAUCUGGGGCAAUAACUUCCGAUGGGUGUUUGUAUGUUUGGGGUUCUAAUGCCUUCCAACAGUUGGGUGUAUGCCAACGUGGAUUCAAUGCCGUUCGUCGGCCAUUGGCGCUGCAAUUGCCUCGAAAUGAGGUGCCUCGCCAGGUGACGUUCGGUCUGAGGCACUGUAGUGUCCUCACCCAGGACAAUCACAUCUACGUGCUCGGUCGUUUGCGUGCAAACGACAUCCAUCCGGCAUUGAAAAUGACCCAAGUGGCGUUCAAUAAAAUGGAGGACAUUCUCCGGUUUCAGUGUGACUAUAAAAUCGACGCUAUCGCUGGUGGCCAGAACCAUUUGUUAAUCCUCGCCGAGAACCGGAGACGUGUACUGGCAUUGGGAGACAAUAAAUUCGGUCAAGCUAAUUGCUUUGAGUUCGAGGAGGAUGUCAAACAAUUGGUUGCCGGAUGGACACAUAACGGAGUGUUGACGAAGAGCAAUAAAAUAUUCCUCUGGGGAAGGAAUUGCUAUGGGCAACUGGGGAAAGCAGCGUGUGAUACUAUCCGCACGCCCGUGGAGCUAAACCUCCCCGACGGAGUUGUUCCGAAGAAGUUGCAUUUAGGAUCCGAGCAUGGUUUGGUGUGUUCCACCGAUGGAAAGGUAUACACCUGGGGCUGGAAUGAACAUGGCAAUUGUGGAAAUGGUUCCUCAGACAAUUUGUUCACUCCAACUCUUGUGCCUCUGAAGUCUGCAUGCAAGGUGGCAGGAACUGGAGCUGGAUUUUGCUAUGCUCUUUGUGAAGAAUGAAUAAGAAAAUUAAUUAAGAAGAAAAGUUUGCCAUUUGUUUUUUAUUUUUGGGACCAAGUUUGUUCCUUUUUGGACUGCACAAGGUGCAUGUCCCAGUGCUUUAUAUAUUGUGUAACACUUUAACCCUUAAAUAAAUGUAUUUUUUGAAA